AUGCGUCUGCUUCACAAGUGCGACCUCUUUCGUGUGGUGCAGGACAGUGAGAAUCAUCUGACACCCGCCACACCGUACGGGGCCGCCAUCAGCAUCGCCACGACAGUCGUCCUGAUGGUUCUCCUCAUUAGCGAGGUCUAUGGCUACUUCAGUGGGCAUAAGAACUGCCACAUCACACCGUCCGCCUUCAAGAAUACUCUCGAUGCUGACAUGCAACGAAGACUGGACAGGCUACACUUCUCCAUCGCCUUGCCCUACAUGCCCUGCCAUCGCAUCGCCACAGAGACGGUCUCUGGGCUCGAGCACAACGAGGAGACAGAGCGGGACACGGAAGUGCGGCUCUACCACAUACCCUACGGCUCCUUUGCCUCGAAUUCGUCCGCUGCCUACAUUUUUGGUGAGGCGCUGUCAGAGGUGCAGCGCGGCUGCCUCGUCACUGGCACCGCCCCCAUCGCUGCCAGGCCUGCCUCCUUCAACAUCAUCCUGAAGGACAGCAGGAGGGCGGACUUCAGAAAGCACCGACCUGAUUUUCAGAUCCACUAUUUCUCGGCCGGCAACGCGUACAAGGACUGGGGCGUUUCGCAGAUCCGCCGUCAAACGCUCGAGCCGAUGUCCAACUUCAAGAGCGCCACAGCUCCGCUGCACCGACAGUUUCACCAGUUCUUCCUGCAACUCAUCCCAACCACGGUGGACCUCCCCGGCAAGGACGACCGCUUUGGCUACCAGUACACCGCCUUCUACUCGUUGGUGCUGUACAAUGGCCAGGGCAGGGCACCUGGGCUGUACUUCUCCUACAGGCUUUCGCCCUUUUCGAUGGAUUGCAUCGUGCAGUACGACACCAUCAGCCACUUUCUGGUGAACUUAUGCGCUGUAGUGGGCGGUGUCUACACUGUAGCGGGGAUGGUGGGGGCUGGGUUGGAGUGGCUGGUGCGCGAGCGUCGCCUGAAAGAGGUGUCCGCCCGAAACCGCCGCAACGCCGAAACGCUCAAGAACGCCGCGGGUGAGGCACCCAUCACGGUCUGA